UCUUGCAUCGCACCCCUCAGCCGUGCUCUGCUUGCACCGGGGUCUUCGCUUUGCAUCGUCAGCGAGCUGCUCCGACCCGGACUUGAUAUCCCCAUCUCACCGAGCAGCUGCCAUGAGCACCUCACUCUGUCUCCCCAGCCUCGGAGGUUUCUGGACCGAGGUCCCUGAAUCGCAGAUCCAGGCCGAACUGGCCCAUUUCCUGGCCAGGUACCUUAACAUCGACCCCGCUGUGCUCGACAGCAGCUUGCCAACCCCAGUUGUACAGCCGCUGCCGAGCUCGAUUAUGCUCGGGUAUCUCUUUCAGGGGCCACUGUCGGCAAGAGAAAUACGUCGGAUCUUUGUUGAGCACACGGCCGAGCAGCCCAUCGACAACGUCCUCGCCAACUCCCCCGAACGGAUCCGGGUCGUCGCCGUCUUCACCUGCCACAUGCCGUCUGGAUCCGAGCAGGCCAAGGAAACCGGCAGGCUGCCUGACCACCAUCUCCAUCUGUGGAGCACACAGCCGGCUGGUCCUCAGGAUGCAUCUGUCGUCCUUCCCCUCCUGAAGCACAUCCACGAACACUACUUCAAUCGGCGUUGCGGUGACGGCGGUCUGAAUGUGUAUGCCACCAACUGCUAUCUCCACGCCAUGCUCAACGAAAGCGUCCAGACGACAUUCUGGAGCUCCCCCGAAUACAACAUGUGGCUCGCACCCACCAUCUCGGAGGCGCAGAUGGACGAAUAUCAGCGCGGCUCCGAGCCUGGCUCGAUCUUUGUGCUCGAGUCUACCCAGGAGCGGUUCAUGUACGACUACUUGAGACUGGCCGACAUCCAGCCGAUCCUCGACAACAGCACGGUGGAGUACUCAACAGAGUACAUCCGCAUGCUGAUUACCCGAAACCCAAUGUCCAAGAUUCAUCGGGUCCUGCGCAAGAUUCCUGACGACACCCCGGCCUCGGAAACACAGCUGUCUCUCGCAGACCACCUCGAGCGAUUCAGUUCACAAGCCCCAGCGGCCUGGUGCCUGUCGCACAUUGAUCAGUCGAUGGGUCUGCUCUCGACACUGGCUUCGAUGCGUCGCCGGGGCCUCGGCAAUCGUGUGGCCGUUGCAUGCUGGGCACACCAGCGCAAGAUCCUCCAGAGCAUCCUUGGAAGCUGGGGCAUCAGCGAUCCAUGGACGUCGUUCUGCUUCAUCAAGAUCGGCAACGAGGCCUCGGAGCGCCUCUUUGCCAGUCUGGGAUUCCGUCCAAUUCACAAAGUUGGCUUCUUCUGGCAGGGCGUCCAGCCCUGAAGUCCGCCCCAUCUCGACAUGUGGACCCAGCCAUCGGCGCACUUGCGAUAUCACAGGCGUCAUUGAAUGCAACUGUAUAGAAAGCAAAACAGCGUAAUCGCCAU